CUGCAGACUCCGCCCCGCGCGUCACUUCCUCCGCGGCCACGGGCCGGGCUGCAACCCCGGCAGCAGGCCAUGGUGGCUCUGGACGACCCUGGCGACGCCCCGGAGGCGACCCCCGGCGCGGAGAACAGGCUGCCCCUCCCUGGCUGCCUGCCCACGGUCGGUGGGUCCCAGGUGAAGAGGGUCUCAGCCUCCAGGCGCAAGCAACAUUUUAUCAACCAGGCUGUGCGGAAUUCGGACCUGGUGCCCAAGGCCAAGGGACGGAAGAGUCUGCAGCGUUUGGAGAACACCCGGUACCUCUUAACACUGCUGGAGACAGCUGGGGGUCCUUCAGGCCUGGAAGAUGGGGACCUGACUCCUCCUGCGGCGCCUGGCAUCUUUGCAGAGGCUUGCAACAAUGCCACCUACGUGGAGGUCUGGAAUGAUUUUAUGAACCGCUCUGGAGAGGAGCAAGAACGAGUGCUCCGCUACUUGGAGGAUGAGGACCAGGGCAAACGGAGGCCCGGGCGCGGGCCUGGCCGAGGGGAAGACAGGCGGAGAGAGGACCCAGCCUUCACGCCUCACGAGUGCUUCAGGCGCAUCAGCCGUCGCCUGCGGUCCGUGCUCAAGCGCAGCCGCAUCCCGAUGGAAACCCUGGAGAGUUGGGAGGAACGUCUGCUGGCGUUCUUCUCCGUGUCUCCCCAGGCUGUGUACACCGCCAUGCUGGACAACAGCUUUGAGAGGCUCCUGCUCCACGCCGUGUGCCAGUACAUGGAUCUCAUCUCAGCCAGUGCCGACCUGGAGGGCCGGAGGCAGAUGAAGGUCAGUAACCGUCACCUGGACUUCCUGCCGCCAGAGCUACUGUUGUCUGCCUACCUGGACCAGCAGUGAUGGCGGAGCCCCUGCCUGCCGACUCGCCCCGCCGAGACCGCCAGUGUCUGCUAAUGUCUUGCAUACUUUCAGAAUCGGAACACCCUCCCUUCUCUUUGGGAGCCCCCGGCCCCUGUCCCUUCCCGGCCCAGCUCCCACAGGGCAACCUGGUAGCCCCCUCCUCUGGUACUUGUAUUCAGGUGGGGAGGCCUGAGCUCAGCUAUCCCAUGCUCAUUCUGUUUAGCUUUUCUUUGGCGCAGUCUGAAGCUCAGGUGGGGAGACUCUUUUACCCCCGCACCCACGCCGUCAGUUUUAAUGGAUUUGGCAUGUUUGGGAUAGGUUUGCUUUACUUUCUCCUCUGAAGCAUUGAGACACAACCAAAACACCUAGCGCCAGCUGGUAGUGGGUUCUGUUGUGACCCCUGCCCGACCCCUCCAGGUUUCCGCUCUGGUGGGAGUGUCUGGUCCUCUCUGGACUGGCAAACCUCCCCAGGGCACUUUGUCGAGUGUGUGUGUGUGUGUGUGUGUGUGUGUGCCCGUUUGUAUGCGUGUCUGUGUGUGUGUGUUUGUGCGUAUGUGUGUGUGUGUGUGUGUGCAUGUUUGUGUGCGUGCAUGCGUGUGUGCAUGCCAUGUGCCUGGUGAACCUGGACAAGCUUCGUCUCAAGGGCUGAUUUUAUGCUUUUUUUGUGAUGUGUGUUUCCUGUGCCCAACUCCCUGGGCUCCGCCUGCCCUUCAGACCCUCCUGUCACUCCUUGUCCCUGGGUCCAGGGCUUCCAGCCAGAAGCGUCUGACCUUGCGUGCCCCGCCCCCUCUGCCGCCCAGCAUAUCUGUGGUCACUGCAGAGGCCCCACAGGCCUGACCCCUCCCCCUCUGUGUGGUUCUUUGUGCUUGGGGGAAAGGGACACUUUUAAUAAAGCCUUGGUGCUCGGG